UCAAGAAUAAAAUUCAUAAAUAAAUUAAAACAUAAUGACAUGUGACCUCCCGUUGACCUCCCAAACCUUUACUCUUUCAGUUCAGGAGCUGCGCCACUUCUCGUGACGUCACUGUAAACAAAGAUGGCGGACCGGUUGUCGCUAAGGCUGGGAUGAGCUCACAGUGACGUCAUGAUGACGCAGUUAAAGGCCCAGAACAGACUUCAGAUCAGUGACAUAGAACUGGACCUAAACGUUUGAGCUCUGGAGUCUUGUUUCCUGUCAGAUCUGGACCCAGUGUUGGACAUGGAGCAGUACAGUAUCCUGGGUCGGAUCGGAGAAGGAGCCCACGGCAUUGUCUUCAAGGCCAAACACAUUGAGACAGGAGAGACGGUGGCUCUGAAGAAAGUGGCUCUGAGGCAUCUGGAGGACGGCAUCCCCAACCAGGCCCUGAGGGAGAUCAAGGCUCUGCAGGAGAUCGAGGACAACCAGCAUGUGGUGAAGCUGAAGGACGUCUUUCCUCACGGUACAGGCUUCGUGCUGGUCUUUGACUUCAUGCUCUCUGACCUCUCUGAGGUCAUUAGGAACGCUCAGCGACCUCUGACCCCGGCUCAGGUCAAAGGUUACAUGAGGAUGCUGCUGAAGGGAGUGGCCUUCUUGCAUCACAACAACAUUAUGCACCGGGACCUGAAGCCAGCAAACCUCCUCAUCAGCUCCUCAGGUCACCUGAAGAUCGCAGACUUCGGUUUAGCGCGACUGUUCAGUGAGCAGGGAGAGAGACUGUACAGCCACCAGGUGGCAACCAGGUGGUACAGAGCCCCUGAGCUUCUUUACGGAGCCAGAAGAUACGACGAGGGCGUGGACCUCUGGGCGGUGGGUUGUAUCUUUGCUGAGCUCCUGAACUCGUCUCCUCUCUUUCCUGGAGAAAACGACAUUGAGCAGCUGUGCUGCGUCCUCAGAGUCCUGGGCACGCCCACACAGGAGAGCUGGCCAGAAAUGGUCGAUUUACCCGACUACAAUAAAAUCACCUUUAAAGAGAAUCCUGCAAUCCCAUUGGAGGAGAUUGUGCCGGACACGCCCCCUCAGGCCAUCGACCUGCUCUACAACUUCCUGGUUUAUCCUUCAAAACAGCGAUGCUCUGCCUCUCGGGCACUCCUCCAUCCGUACUUCUUCUCCUCUCCUCUUCCCGCUCACCACUCAGAGUUGCCCAUCCCUCAGAGGGGGGGGCGGCCCCCGCGGCAGCGCCUGCAGGCCCCGCCCACUGACUUCUCUGUGGACCUACCCUUGCAGAACAGCGUGGUGGACCCUGUGCUGCUGCAGGGACACGCUUCCUGCCUCUGACCAAUCAUCAGUUUGUCAAUAAUUGACAACAAAACGAAGAAAUAUGACUGUAUUAAUCAACAAUGUUGCUGUUGUUAUUAACAACAAUUAAAUGGAUGAGCCCCGCCCCUUUCCAACUCUUUUUCAUUUGUAUUUGUUUGAGUCACACAACACAAAUAAAACCAAAAGUUUAUCAUUCAGAUUAUUUUGCAUACAGAGAGCGUUGUGGGUAUUUCUGCUGCCUCCAAGUUUCUUCUUAAAGAAAUUUUCCACACAUUUGGCUCCUCCCACCAUCAUUUUCUCCUCCAGGCUCCUCCCACUCUGCUCAGAUCAGCAGUCAGACUCCAGUGUAUGUGUGUGUGUGUGUGAGCAGCUCAUCCUGUGAGUAUAUUCAUUAUAUUCAUAAUCUUCAUCUUCUUCAUCCUCAUCUGUCACAGAGAUCCUGUGUGGUCAGAGAGAGAGCGCUCACUCUGUCACCUUUAAUCGCAUUCUCUGAGAGUUAUAUUCUGAACUUAUACAAGUGAUAAUGGUGAGUGCUCUGUAACUUCCUCCUGCAUGUGUGUGUGUGCACUAUGAACAGUAAAUAUAUGAAUACAUUAGGUUAUAUAUAUUGCAUGAUUAUAGCAGUUAAUGAUACAAAAGCUGAUCUGGUGUUCACAUGGCAUCUGUCUGUUUUUCUUUUUUUUGCAUUAUAAAUAUUAUUUUUUUUUUUACUGUAAAUAUUGAAAAGAACGGCUUUUAUUUUGUUAUGGCGUGUGAUCUCAUCAUGAAUACUUUUAUUGAGAUGUCAUGAUGGACAGAUAUAUUCUCUUCUGCAGGUUAGCCCCGCCCCUUCACACGCCUUCCUCCAAUCAUCAGUUAUGUCCCAUGAUGCCACUCACCAGGUCCUCAGUCCCUGCCUCUGGUUGGACGAGUCCAGUUGUCAAUCACUGAGCUCAAUUUAUGUUUCACCUCCCUCCUCAUCAGUACGUGACUUUAACUGCCUGGCUACGCCCCCCAACUCAUCUCCUGUAUGGAACGGGUACUAUGACAACCUGGGCCCCUCCCUCUCUGGUGGUUGGUUGUCACCUGUCAAUCAAACAUGGCGACAGGAUUUUGGUCCAGAGAAGCGUGUGUGUGUGAGCUGUGGGACAGACAGUGCCCCCCUGUGGAGGAGAGACAGUGCUGGUCAUCACACGUGUCACGACUGCAGCUUUAAGAGACAAGAAACAAACAGAGGAGUGUUAACAUCAAAGAGAACAAGAAUGGCGACUCUGCGAAAAGGAACUCGGUGUGUCAACUGUGACACAGAAAAAACAACACUGUGGAGAAGAAACACUGAAGGACAACCAGUGUGUAACGCCUGUGGACUCUACUACAAAUUACACAAGGUUAACAGACCACUGACGAUGAAAAAAAAUCAAAUCCAAACCAGGAAGCGUAAAGUGACCAAACAGCAGAUGCAAAAGCUGUCAUUCAUAAAAAAAUAGUUCCUGCUUCAUGUGUUCACUCACCUCAUGUGUUCACUCACACUUUACCUUUACACUUUGUUGUUCUUCUCUUUGUCUUUUUUUUCCAUUGCUUUUUGUUUUUCAUUUUACUGGAACAGCAGUGGGGAAAAUGUCGCCCCCGUGGCCGCAAUGGUUAUUACAAGGUACAACACAUCAUUGUCCUAUUAUGAUGAUGAUGAUUUUGUAAAAUCAGAGCUCAGCAGAUGUUGUUUGUUUGUUUGUCUUGGUUCAGAUGUGUUUGUAAGAACUGAUGUCAUGCUCAUAUAAAGUUGAACUAUGGUGUC